AGUUUUAUCCACGCGAAUCAGGCUCAUUCGAAUCGUUGUUGAAACGAAGAACCCGGUGGAGUCGGGCUCAAUACAGCUUAAGAAAAAGAGCAAACAUCAGUUCUUAUAAACAGUCCAGCCAUGAGUCUGUUAACGAAACCCAAAUCUGAGAUGACUCCUGAAGAGCUGCAGAAACGUGAGGAGGAAGAGUUCAACACGGGGCCCCUGUCUGUGCUCACCCAGUCAGUGAAGAACAACACUCAGGUCCUCAUCAACUGUCGCAACAAUAAGAAGCUGCUCGGGAGGGUCAAAGCUUUUGACAGGCAUUGCAACAUGGUCUUGGAGAACGUGAAAGAAAUGUGGACCGAAGUUCCUAAAAGUGGGAAGGGAAAGAAGAAGUCGAAGCCCGUAAAUAAAGACCGCUACAUUUCUAAAAUGUUCCUGAGGGGCGACUCUGUGAUCGUCGUGCUGAGAAACCCUCUGAUCACAGGAAAAUGAACUCUUUAGCGGUUCCCUGCUGGAAUGCAUUGAAGUUUGAAUCAAGUUGUCGUGAUAGUCUUUUUUUUUUUUUUUUUUAACUUUUUUGUUUUUGGAAACCUGUCAACAAAUUGAUGUUUCCACUUUUGAGAUAGAG